AUGGCAAUAAGGCACAAAGAACGGGAGGUGAACAUCCUAAUUACAGGCUUUGGGCCUUUUAUGAGGAUCGAUAAGAAUCCUUCCUGGCUUGCAGUCAAAGCGCUUCAUAAUACGAUACUCGAUCUUAACCAGCCUCCUGCGUUAUCCUCUUCUCGGACUCCAUCUCGUCGAACCAAGAGAGCAGAUGAAGCUGUAUACGAAGAGAGGCGGGCGAGAAUACAGAGUUUGCAGAUCCCAGUGCAUUAUGCGUCGGUCUUGGAUUUGGUUCCUAGGAUACAUGGUGGCAAGCCGCUUUUGCCCCAAGCCAAGUUUUGGUAUGAUAAUAGCUUAGACGGGAUAUGGGCUGGGAAGGAAGGCGAGUCGUAUCCUGAUGGGUAUACAGAGCUCGUGCAGAAACAGUGGGAUGUAGUGAUACAUGUCGGUGUCGGCAGAGACAGUAGUCUGACGUGCGAAACACAGGCUCAUAAGACAGGAUAUGGUAAACCUGAUGCCAAGCAAGAGUUUGCUCCUCUCCUGCCCAACGCUGCUCGAUCAUCGGUGGAUGCUAAGUACUUGGAUAGACAAGGUCUAGUUCGAGGGUUUGGUGGUUCAGCUUAUGACCACUUCAACGACACCGAAAGGACCUCUAUCGAUGUCCCGCAGUUGGUCUCUUGGUUGAAAGAGAGAGGUAUGGCAUCGGGAGAAGUGGGACAAAGUCUAGACCCGGGAAGGUAUCUUUGUGACUUUAUCUUCUAUUGUUCGUUGUGUGAAGCGAAGAGGAGAGAGGAUGGAGCAACGGUGAUUUUCAUCCAUGUUCCACCAGCAGGGCAGAAUGUAGAGGUGGAAAGAUGUAGAGAUGCGAUUCGAGCUGUGGCUUGGUAUAUGGCUGAGAAGCGCAGUUGUCUUGCUCAUACCUAG